AUGGGAGACUACAGUCAGGUCAUGCACGAAGAGGCGCUUGUCGCGCGCAUACUGUCCCAGGCCCGCGCUAUCUACGGCCCAAAGUACCCCUAUGGCUCUACAUUCGACGUCAUCUACAGCAACGAGAUGUCUGCAGGCAAGGACCUUGUCGCAUGGCUCAUCGUUUACCCAAUGCCAGACAAUGCUGCCUUCAAGACUGGAAAAGCUGUAUCGAACGAGUGGACUCCAGUUCUAAAGUCGCGGCGCAUAGGCGGAAAGGGAACUGGCUCCACCCUUCAGCGAGGCUACCAGGAUCUUCUGAGGAAGCUGCGUAUCAUGAUGGUCGAGACUAUGGCUUCCAUGGGUAAGUAG